AUGAAGCAGUUUGAUGCUGACAUAAACCUGGUAAGAACAGAAAUACAGGCAGUAACAGCACAGGUACAGGCCUCUGAAGAGGACAUUUUAGACCUCAGACAAGAAGUGAAAAGAAAGGAGGACACCCUGCGACACUUACAGUCUGCAAACACAGUAUUUCAAAACACACAAGACGCCAUGGAAGACUGCAGUAGGCGCACGGACAUCAUAAUUCGUGAAAUCCCAGACAUUGGGCCAACCAAAUUGUCACAGUUCCGAAGAAGGCUCACAGCAGUACUCCUGCCGCACACCCAUGCUAAGAAGCUUGAGUUUGACGGCCACUUCCGCAUAAACAAAGCCAAACGGGCACCCACAAUGGCUCUGAGAGACUUCCUAGUCCGUUGCCACUCCACGUCAAACAAACGCAGCAUUAUGGCAGCGGUAGGGGGCGAAGCACCAGUUAGACUUUGA